CAUCAGAAGUCGACGUUGGUGAGCAAACUGCAGGACAAAUUGAGCUCUGACCUCCGUACAGUUUUCAGUGAUUGUGUUGACUGUAACUGCAGCUGCACAAACAACUGAUCUCUGUACAGUUUGCCAAUUCUAUCGACACGAAUAGAAAUCUGCUAAAGCUGCGUGUUGUUUUCUGCCUUUAAAACUUUUUAGAAUCGCUUCCGCAUAUCAUGGCGCUGUUUAAAAAAUGGAAGUAGUGUUCAGCCUCGUAUCACUGACUGUCACCAAGGCUUUGCAGAUUUCCGGACUUGUGGACAACAGGAAUGUCCUGAGGACCAGGAAGAUGGAGGAGAAAGCGUUAGAAGUUUACGAUGUGAUUCGAUCGAUCCGAGAUCCAGAGAAACCCAGCACCCUGGAGGAGCUGGAUGUGGUGACAGAGAAAUGUGUGGAGGUCCAGGAGCUCGCAGAGGAUGAGUACCUCAUCAUUAUCAAGUUCUCUCCAACUGUCCCGCACUGCUCACUGGCUACUCUGAUCGGUUUGUGCUUACAAGUGAAGCUACAAAGAUGCUUGCCAUUUAAACAUAAGUUGGAAAUUUACAUUUCAGAAGGAACCCAUUCUACUGAAGAAGACAUUAACAAACAGAUCAACGAUAAGGAGCGAGUGGCAGCUGCCAUGGAAAACCCCAACCUGAGAGAGAUUGUUGAGCAGUGUGUUACCGAACCAGACGACUAAGGGGAGGAAGCUGCAGCUGCUUGAAGCAAACGCUUUGGAGCUGAAAAUUAUUUGUGUUUGUGUAUGUUUAUAUGUCUCCAGAGUACCUGAGAAUAUUAUUCAGAGGAUUCCUGAGCAUCUAUCUCACUGGAGAAGCUUCUGUUGACCCCAAAAAGUUUGCAAGUGCUUGGCAGACUUUUGCAGGGGUUUGAGAGUAAAACUUGAACAUUGAACAGUGAAUCAAAAGCAGGAUUGGGAGCUUGAAAAAACAAAAAACAAGCAAAUGUAUUAUGACUUUCUCAUCAUUCCCAGCUGGACAGCCUCUGGUCUUUGUGGCCGUCUGUUGAGUUCUGCUCGAGGCAACACCAGACACUGUAGGUUAAGUGCGCCAGAGAAAACAGAAAAAAAAACUGUCAUACUUCCAUCUCAUCCUCCAAUCUUUUUUUUUGUUUGUUUUUGAAACACACUCUGCCAUGCUGUAGGCUGAGAAGGAUCUGACUCUUGAUUUCCUUUUGUAUAUUAGAGUAAAAAGUAAAAAGCAUGGAGAUGUUGCCAUCUUUUCUUGCGGUGAUUAAUCAAUAGACAUGUCUCAAAUUGAAGUCUGAGUACAAAAUAUGUCUUUUUCGGAGGAGACAAUUUUUUUAAUGAUGAACAAAAUAAGAUAUUAAAAGCUACUGUAUGUUACCGACAGAAUAAUGGAACAGAAUAAAGCAUGUGUAAUUUUGUUGCAGGUAGCUCUUCUUUUUUACACAGUUUUUAAUCACUUUUUAAUUUGAUUUGCCUAAUUUAUCUAUGUCUAUCAUGGGAUUGUUGCUGAAAAUUCAGCUUUCUUCACAUAAACAGUACAUCACAAUGUUUUGGCAAUUGUCAAUAUUUCUCUGUAUUUAUCUCUUAUAAAUAAAUUGCUUAAUAAAGAGUGUCUAUACAAAAUA